AUGGCGGCAGUGCCGGUUCGCGAGGGUGCCGCAGCGGAGCGCACACAACCCUUGGACGACGCCGUCCUCGCCCUGGCCGAUCAUGGCCGGGUCGCCGCGGCUGCAGGAAGCAGGGCUCCGCCCGCCACGGCGGUGGUCCUGUCGGACGCUGUGCUGCAGCAGCUGCUGGGCUGCCUGGGCACAACGGACAUCAGUGCAGCAGAGGUGGUUUUAAUGGCAGCUGUUUUGCUUGUGGAUGGUGCUGAUCUGGCGAUUGCAAGGCAGGUGCAGCUGGCCGCCGCGCCGGGCUUCCUCGGCCGCGCAGUCGCCUGCAUCGGCAGCGCCAACCGCACCGCCUUGUGGGCCGCAGGGGUGGUGGAGCACAUGACGACGCACUGCGCCGAGUCUGCUGCCCUGGUGCUGCGGGAGGAGGGCAUGGUGCGGGCGCUCACGCGGCUGCUGGACCCUGCCGAGCAGGUUCCUGACCGCCUGCUGCGCGACUCCGCUUUCAAGGCCUGCGUCGGCCUGCUCGACAACUGCGGCGCCGACGGCCGCGCCGCGCUCGUCGCCGAGCCAGAGUUCGUCUCGGCUGCCUGCCGCAUGGUGGGUAGCUGCGUCGCAGACUUAGACACCACCUGCCAUGGAGCCAUUGCCGGCCUGUCGCGUGACUACAGCACGUCGUCGUACAAGGAGGACUACAGCCUGCUGGCGGCCAGCUUGCGGCCGGGCGACAUGGAAGCACUGGCCUGCAGCCUGGCCAAAGCGGUGCGAGACUACGCCAGUCGCAGCCCCCAGGCACGCCGAAGCAGGGGGUGCUUGAUCCGGGCGCCGUGUUUGAUCAGUGUGCUGAAGGAGAUGACGUUGCUGCUGGCAGACCCUGGGUUUGGGGAAAACCUGGCUCGGGCGAUGCCGCCCGGCGUGGCGCUCGAUCUAGUCGCUGUGGCGGGAGAUGGGCGGAAGCCAGACCGCCGCCGCAUCACCGUGAGCGGGGCGACGCGGUUUGGGUCGGGCCAAAACGCAGGGGGCUGCUGCGUGGACAUUGUGCGGGAGUGCGCCCUCGGCGCGCUGGAAGAGUUGAUUCGCCGAGACGAGGAGGCGGCGGGGGCCGUCCUGAUGCAGGGGGGCAACACAGUCGCCCUGCUGGACCGCUGGGCGACCCCCAUCGCCGUUGCCGCGGCCGCCGCUGCCGGCAAGCACGCGCCCCGCUUCAUCUCGUGGAUCGGCCGCAGCAUGGAGGCCGCCGCAACCUCGCGCAUGCGCGCGGCGCUGCUGUCCGCGAUCGCACGGGGGCUCGCCCCUGAGGGGGGCGCCAGUUGGGCGGAAGUUGCGGCGGACACGCUGGCACUGCUGGCUCCUGGCUUGCUACGUGAGGCCGCACAGGAGGAGAGGAUCAUUCGGGGCACUGCCGCGUUCCUCGGACGUGUGACCGCCGAGCUGCGGCGCGCGAGCUCUUCAGGUGACGCCACAGCACUGCGCGAGGCAUUGCGCGGCGCGCACAAAGUGUCAUACAUCGCGACGCGCCUCGCCGGCUGCCCGGACGCCGCCGACCCGGAUGGGUCGCUUGUGCGCGCGCUGCUGAGCGCGGCCCUCCUGCAGCUGCCCGACUGCACGGCGGAGGCCUCUGAUGUGCUGCGGUUGUGGCAGUGCAAGGCGCACGCCGCGGCCGGGCUGCGGUUGCUGGUCGCAGGCGCGCUGCUGGACGCUUCAAGCGGCGCGACGCGGCUGACGGGGGCGGGCGCGUGGGACGAGGUGCUUCGCGCGGCGCCCUCGCUGCUGCGUCAGAGCAUGAGGGAGCUCGCCACCCACCGGCGCGGCCGCCAGGAGGAGGGCUGCGGCGGGGCUGUCGUUGGUGACGGCAACACCAGCAGCCUCUGCAGUGGCAGCGGCAGCACCAGCGGCGGUGGCAAUGGCAGCAGCAGCACCGGCAGCAGCACCGGCAGCGGCGAUCACAGUGCCGACAGCCCUGACAGUAUCGCGGACAAGACCGCCCACGCGGCGCACGAGACGUGCGCUGCGGUGUGCUCGGCUGUGGCUCUCAUACUGCUGGUCGACACCCAGGAGCCAGAGGGCAGCAGCAGCAGCGGCAGCAGCAGCUGCUGCGCAGGGCCGCCGCCGGCGCCGCGCCCGCUGGAGGAGCUGAGCGCCGCCGCCGCCGACGCCUGUUUCUGCGGCUGCGGCCGGCUGACCGGCCAAGCGCUCCUGGCGUCGGCAAUUGUGGAGGCGGCCUGCAGCUUAGAGGACGCGGCGGCGAGCAGGGACACAACAGCAGGCGAGAAGCUGCGGCCGCUGCUUGCCCGUCUGCUGGCCGACGCGCGCCGCUUGGCGGGCAGGCAGCAGCCAGCCCCUCACGAGGACGACCAUCCCGCACGAAGUGCUUUGCGCGAGCCUUGUUCCGAGGGGCGGGUUGCCCUGAGCCAGCCGAGUGGCAGCAGCGGGAGUUACGGCAGCGAGCGCCGUGGAGGCAAAGCGGCCGCAUCUGAUUGGCCGCUGCCGCCUGCGACGAUGCUCUUCCGAGUCGGCACCGACGCGCUUCGCGCCGCCGUGCAGCGCCCAGUGGCUGGUGACGGCCGUGCCUUUGGGCCUGUCUGCAGUGUUUGCAUCGGGGGCGCUCCAGCGGAGGCCGCGCACGGCAGCUGCAUCACCAUGACUGCGCCGGCAAUUCACGCCGCCCUGCGUGCGGGCGCGGAGCUGCGGCGCUGUGCGGGGUGCGGCACGCUGACGGGGGUGCGCUACUGCAGCCAGGCCUGCUGCCGCAACCACUGGGUGCGGACGGGGCACAGGCAGCAGUGCAAGCAGGCGCAGCUGGAGCUGCGGAAUGGGAUUGUUCAGCCGCCGCCGCAGCAGCAGCAGCAGCUGCAGCAGCAGCAGCAGGUGCAGCAGCAGCAGCAGCAGGAGCAGCAGCAGCAGCAGCAGCAGCAGCAACAGUAA